UACCACAAGUCCCCACCCGUCGUCUGGGUGAAUGGGGUUUUGUACAUAUAGACGGUUGGCUUUGUGUGGAUUUGAGUGAAGCGAUUAAGGCGCACUUUUGUAAGCGAUAUAUAGGGCAUCUCUCCCUUUGCGGAUAACUGUUUUCGUUUGGAUCUGAUUCAUGAGAAGAAAUGGAUAUACUGAAGAGCAAGAGCACCUCGUUGGGUUGGACAGUCUCCAUUUUCCUUUCCUGUCUUGUUGCUGCGGCUAGCGGACAAAUUCGUUAUUCGAUACCAGAGGAGAUGAGAAAAGGGCUGUUUGUCGGCGACAUUGCAAAAGACCUAGGCUUGGGUGUUGACAGGUUGGUUUCAGGUCGUGCUCGACUUGUUAUAGCUGAUGAUAACCAAUAUGUCGCACUCAACCAGAACAAAGGGCAUGUUGUAGUCAGUGAAAGAAUUGAUAGAGAAAAAUUAUGCGCCAAGAAAUCACCAUGUAGCUUUAGUCUGGAAAUUGUCCUCGAAGAUCCACUUGAAUUGUUUUCCAUAACCAUCGAAAUACAAGACAUAAAUGAUCACGCUCCAUCUUUUCCUAAAAAGGAGAUUAAUUUGGAAAUAAGUGAAUCGACGCCAACCGGUACAGUAUUCCUGCUUGAUAGCGCAGCUGAUCCUGACGUAGGAAUAAACUCGCUGCAAAGUUAUUCUUUAAAAGAAAAUCGCCAUUUUAUCCUCAAACAACGCUCUCGCGCAGAUGGGAGUAAAUUCGCGGAAAUUAUGCUGCAGACGGCUUUGGACCGCGAGAAACAAAGCGAACAUGCGCUUGUAUUAACUGCUGUGGAUGGUGGGGAACCGCAGAGGUCUGGGACAGUGAAAAUGCAUAUUGCUGUUCUGGACGCAAACGACAACGCACCCGUUUUUACCCAUUCCGUAUACAAAGCAUCUGUCUUGGAAACUGUUUUGGAAGGCACCGUUAUUGCUAAAGUCAGUGCCGUAGAUGCAGACCAAGGUUACAAUGGUAACGUUACAUAUUAUUUCACACACUUAGAGGAGGAUUCGUCCUGUCCUUUCGAAAUCAAUUCUUACACGGGAGAGGUUAAACUCACCGGUGACAUCGAUUACGAGGUUUCUCCAAACUACGAAAUAAAUCUCCAAGCAAAAGACCCAUGGGGUGUAACGGGCGCCAGCAAAUUAAUAAUUGACGUAGCAGAUGUAAAUGACAACAGUCCAGUAAUCACACUGGCUUCAUAUUCUGGCAAAAUAUCAGAGGAUUCCCUCCUUGGCACAGUUGUGGCUUUAAUUAGUGUCCAAGAUAAAGAUUCCGGUAAAAAUGGCCAAGUUCAUUUAAAUAUUGAAGAUAGUCUCCCAUUCAAAAUUAAAUCGUCUCUCAGAAACUAUUACACCUUAGUAACGAAGGAUCUCCUCGAUCGAGAAAAACUUUCCAAGUACAACAUCACACUCACUGCCACAGACGAGGGCUUCCCUGCCUUAUCAAGCAAACAAACUGUCGUUUUAGACGUUACUGAUAUCAAUGACAACGCGCCAACUUUUAAGCAAAGUAUUUACAGCACACAGGUGAUGGAAAAUAAUUUGCCUGGUGUAGUUCUGUUGCAGAUUAGCGCCACUGAUUCAGACCAGGGACAGAAUGCACGGAUAUCGUAUUUUCUUAUUGACGGCGACGUUAACGGGAAUCCGGUAUCCACAUAUUUCUCUAUUAAUAUAGAGAGUGGAAUCAUUAAGUCUACGCGUUCGUUUGACUUUGAACAAGUCAAAGAAUACAAAAUUCGAGUCCAAGCACAGGAUGGAGGGUCGCCACCUCUAAAUAGUAACGCAACUGUUAUUGUACGUGUAGAAGACCAGAACGACAACCCUCCUCAGGUUCUGUACCCGGUCCAGACUGGAGGCUCUCUGGUGGCUGAGAUGGUUCCUCGUUCAGCAGAUGUGGGCUAUCUGGUCACUAAAGUGGUGGCUGUUGACGUGGACUCUGGACAGAACGCCUGGCUCUCCUAUAAACUGCAGAAAGCCACAGACAGGGCGCUGUUUGAAGUGGGCUUACAGAAUGGAGAAAUAAGAACUAUCCGCGGAGUCACUGAUAAGGAUGCUGUGAAACAAAGACUGACUGUGAUAGUGGAGGACAACGGGCAGCCCUCUCGUUCAGCUACAGUCAUUGUUAACGUGGCGGUGGCGGACAGCUUCCCUGAAGUGCUGUCUGAGUUCACUGACUACACACAAGACAAGGAGUACAAUGACAACCUGACUUUCUACUUAGUGUUGGCUUUGGCUGUAGUUUCCUUCCUCUUCAUCACGUGUUUAGUCGUUAUUAUAUCGGUGAAGAUCUACAGGUGGAGACAGUCUCGCGUCCUGUAUCACUCCAAUCUCCCUGUGAUUCCGUAUUAUCCACCACGUUACUCAGACACUCUGGGGACAGGGACUCUCCCACACGUGUACAACUACGAGGUGUGCAGGACGAAUGACUCCAGAAAGAGUGACUGCAAGUUCGGAACAGUCGGUAGUCAGAACGUGCUGAUAAUGGACCCCAGUUCUACGGGAACGAUGCAGCGGAUACAGAGUGAGAAGAACAUCCUGGAUGAACCAGACUCUCCUCUUGAGGUUAGUUAAAUAAUGUUGCCUCAU